CCUUAGCAUGCCUCCCCAUGCGUUAGUUAGAAAUACGGUGAACGGGCACUUGCGCCGUUUGCUAGUAAAUAAUGGAUGCUCCUGACCACGACAUCAACCCCCAUUGGGACUUUCUCAGGAAGCCUUCGCCGCAAACCUUCUUAGGCUGCCUAUAUCAUUUACCCUCCAUAGCGCAGCACCGCUAGCCAGCUAAUAGCAACCGGUCUUCAGGCCAAGAUGUCGUGGGGCGCGAACGUCGUCGAGGACGAUGACGACAUUUACUACAGCGAAGACGAAGGUGAAGACGACAUUCUAGAGCCUAAGCUUAAGGACGAUUCGGACCCCGAUAUCGACGCGGAUUUGACCCAUGCGCAUGGGCCGAGUACCUCGGAUGAGAAGCGCAGAGCCCAAAACGAGAUUUUCAGAGCAUUCGCGAGCAAGAAGGCGGAAGAUAUCACAGAGCAAGACGUCAAGGAUGCUAUCCAGGACGCAGACGAUGAACUCUUGUCAAUUCGAGAUAUCUUAGCCAAGCAGAAAACUAGCGCCCAGAUCACGAACCCGAGGGACUACCAAACCGAGCUUUUCCAGAGAGCAAAGGAGGAAAACAUCAUUGCAGUUCUAGAUACAGGCUCCGGGAAGACUCAUAUCGCAACUUUGCUACUCCGCCACAUCCUCGACGACGAGCUAGAACAGAGGGCAAAAGGCGCUCCGCAGAAGAUUGCUUUCUUCCUUGUGGAUUCUGUCAAUCUCGUGUUCCAGCAGGCAAAUGUGCUGCGAUGUGGUCUCGACCACAAUGUAGAAGGUAUCUGUGGUGCCAUGGGUGCCCACCUUUGGGUGAAGCAGACAUGGGAGAAGCUCUUCGCAAAUAACAUGGUUGUCGUUUGUACGGCAGAGGUGCUUGUCCAAUGCAUGAUGCAUUCAUUCAUCACAGUUCCCCGGGUCAAUUUACUCAUAUUCGAUGAGGCUCAUCACGCGAAAAACAACCACCCAUACGCGAGGCUAAUGAAGGAUUAUUACCUCAGUGAACCUGACGUUGCAAAGCGCCCUCGGAUUUUUGGAAUGACAGCAUCACCUGUCGAUGCUAAUGUGGAUAUCAAGCAAGCUGCUCAAAGUUUGGAGGCCCUGCUUCACUGCAAGAUCGCAACGGCAUCUGACCUUGCACUCUUAGCAAAUAACAUCAGCCGCCCGACCGAAGAAGUGGCAAAGUACACACGACUAAAAUGUUCCUUCGAAACUUCUCUCCAUGCCGAACUAAAAUCUCGUUAUGGUGACAUUGCCGCUUUCAAGAAGCUUUUCGAGAACUCCAAGAUCAUCGGCUCAGAACUUGGUCGUUGGCCAGCUGACAUGUACUGGUCUUUUGCUUUCUCGGAGGAAGAAGCAAAGAAGAUUGAGAUGCGUGAGGAGCGGAAGUUUCAUAAGCUCAAGAACGAAGAUUCUAUAUCGAAGCUAGACGAAGAGAUUGCAAGAGUACGAGAAGCGGCCGAAUUCGUUAGGCAUCAUGAGUUCGGUAAACCUUCACCAACUGCCCAAGACCUCAGUCCCAAAGUCCUUCUCCUAUACGAUUGGCUGAAUCUCUAUUAUUCCAGAACAGCAGAGGCUCGCUGCAUUGUAUUUGUAGAACGACGAAGUACUGCUCGACUGCUCAACUUGAUAUUCAGCGAAAUUGGUGGUUCGAACCUCCACAGCGACAUGCUUGUGGGUGUCAACUCAACUUUCGGCGAUCUGAACAUCUCGCUCCGAUCACAGGUCAUGACAGUGGCUAGAUUCAGGAGAGGUGACCUCAACUGUCUCUUCUCAACAUCCGUUGCGGAAGAGGGCCUCGACAUCCCGCAAUGCAACCUGAUCGUGAGGUUCGAUCUAUACAAGACUAUGAUUGCUUAUGUCCAGUCCCGGGGCAGGGCUAGACACCGGAAUUCGAAAUACCUACACAUGGUUGAGGAGGGCAACUCUAGCCACUAUUCGACCGUCCUUCAAACUCGAACUGCAGAGAAAGUUAUGCGAGACUUUUGUAAUGGCCUGCCAAGUGAUCGAUGUGUCAAUGAGAUCAACGAUGAGGUGGAACAGUUUCUUGCCAGCGAGAGAUCCUUCCGCAACUACACCGUGCCCGAGUCUGGUGCUAGGCUUACGUAUAGGACUAGUCUCUCGGUGCUAGCUCACUUCGUAGCAUCUCUGCCAGCACCGAAUAUGGAGGUCUGCCUGCAGCCAACGUACAUUGUCGAGCGCGUUGGUGGCAAGUUCAUCUGCGAAGUUGUCCUUCCUGAAUACUCGCCGAUAAUCUCCGCGAGAGGUAUCGCUUAUAGCAAGAAGGCCAUCGCUAAAUGCUCGGCCGCUUUCGAGAUGUGUCUAAAGCUUCGAGGGGAGGCAUUACUUGAUGAGAAUUUAUUACCGACCUACACGAAGCAACUGCCAGCCAUGAGGAAUGCUCUUCUUGCAAUCAGCUCUAAGAAGAAAGACCUCUAUACGAUGCGUGUCAAGCCAAAAUUCUGGGGAUUGGAAUACGGUACUGUUCCGAAAUGCCUUUACCUGACUGUUGUCGAUGUCAGUGCAGGUCUAGACCGACCUCAUCAGCCUCUUGGACUCUUGACUCGAGAUUACUUCCCACAAAUGCCACCGUUUCCCUUGUAUCUCAACGACGGUCGACCGACCCAGGUACUCUCGACUCCAAUGGUCACCGCGAUCCCGAUCUCUAUGGAGACUAUUGAGCUACUCACGAAACUGACAUUGCAAGUCUUUAAGGACGUUUUUGCGAAAGAGUUUGAGAAAGACAUUACAAAAAUGACGUAUUGGGUUGUGCCCAUUCGAUCCGAGAUGACAACCUCUAUUAAUUGCAAUUCUGAAAAGCCUAGGGAUCUCAUUGACUGGGACCAGAUCCAUGAGGUAGUCGAGGAAAAAGAGUAUAGGUGGACUCCAGAGAUGCCGGACGAAUUUCUAGCCGACAAGUAUAUUGUUGACAAUUGGGACGGUGGACGACGCUUCUAUACUAUUAGUGUUGUCCCUGGUGUUAAACCCCAUGAUCCGGUGCCCAAUUUCUCUCCACGGCAUAAAUUCAUGGCGGAUAUACUCGACUACUCUGUCAGCCUCUGGACCAAGUCUCGAGUUAAGUGUGUCUGGGAUGAAUCACAGCCUGUCAUGGAGGUGGAAAAGAUUCCGUUCAGGCGGAAUCUCCUGGCUCUAGUGGAGACCGAUGAGGACGAGGUGAGGUUGAAUCUGAAGGCUUAUGUGUGCCCUCAGCCGCUUAGGAUAUCUGCUCUCACCACGCGCUUUGUAGCCAUGUGCUAUGCCUUCCCAGCAAUCAUUCACCGUUUCGACGACUUUCUGAUUGCUAUUGAUGCGUGCCACCUCCUCGGCCUCGACAUAGGUCCAAGUCUUGCCUUAGAAGCAUUGACUAAGGACUCAGAGAAUACAGACGAGCAUGGUGAAGAGAAGAUUAAUUUUAAGAGCGGUAUGGGUCCGAAUUAUGAGCGACUCGAAUUUAUGGGUGAUUGCUUCCUUAAGAUGGCCACCUCGAUUUCUACGUUUGUCCAGCAACCAGAUGAGAACGAGUUUGAAUUUCACGUGCGCCGUAUGGUCAUGCUCUGCAACAAAAACCUGUUCAAGGCCGCAGGAAAGUACAAAUUAUAUGAGUACGUUCGCACUAUGGCGUUUUCUCGUCGGCUGUGGUACCCCGAGGGGCUUAAAUUGACGAAAGGAAAGGGCGCGAAGAAGAAUGGACCCCGUGUUAUCAAACAUUCACUGGGAGACAAAUCCGUCGCCGACGUUUGCGAAGCCUUCAUUGGUGCUGCAUUCAUGGAGCACAACGAGCUAGGCCGCUUCGAUCCUAAGAACUGGGACCAGGCAGUGAAGGCAGUUAAAGUCUUAGUGGACAGCGAAGACCAUUUGAUGGAAAAGUAUUCUGAUUACUAUGCUGCGUAUGAGAAGCCGAAGUACCAGCUCGCUGAGGCUACAGCGUCGCAGAUGGAUCUGGCGAAGAGGAUCGAAGAGAAGCAUCCAUAUCACUUCAGGUACCCUCGUCUUCUUCGCUCUGCCUUCAUCCAUCCUUCUCAGGCCUUUAUGUGGGAGAAUAUCCCCAACUACCAGCGUCUCGAGUUCUUGGGUGACUCACUCCUGGACAUGGUAUUCAUUCAGUACCUGUUUUAUCGCUACACGGACAAGGACCCGCAAUGGCUAACGGAGCACAAGAUGCCUAUGGUCUCAAACAAAUUCCUCGGCGCUCUCUGCGUCAGUCUCGGCUUCCACACCCACAUCCGCCAGAAUAACGCUGUGCUGACAAGCCAAAUCCGCGACUACGUCACCGAAGUGCAAGAAGCAGAGCGCGAAGCCAAGGGCUCUCUUGACUACUGGACCACAGUCUCCGAGCCCCCAAAAUGUCUUGCCGACGUAGUCGAAGCAUACGUGGCCGCUAUUUACGUGGACGCUGAGUUUGAUUUCACCGUUGUACAACAGUUCUUCGAUAUGCACAUCAAACGCUUCUUCAUCAACAUGCACCUAUACGACGCCUUCGCCAACAGCCAUCCUACCACGCGCCUGACCAAGCUUCUCAACACCAACUUCGGCUGUCGCGAAUGGCGUAUCGCUACCCGCACCUGUGAAGCUACGAUUCCGGGAGCGCGGCCAACGGUCAUAGCCAUGGUGCAGAUCCACUGGAAAAUUGUGUUUGAUGGGUCUGCAGUUAGUGGACGGUAUGCGAGGAUCAAGGCAAGUAACGCGGCGUUGGAGAAGUUGGAGGGCUUGCCACAGUAUAAAUUUAAGAAACGUUACGAGUGUGAUUGCGAGGAUGAGAUGAUGGAUGAAAGUGCGGAGAAAGUGGAGGAGAGGGUCAAGGAAGAGAUGGGGUUAGUAGUAUAGAGGCGGCGACGUAGAAAGGGGUUGGUUGGGAUCUUUAGGUACGAUGGAGGGCGAGGAUACUUGACAAAUCAUUCGAGAAUGGCGUGGAUUGGAGUCUAGGAGGUGGCAUGAAGCAUCCUAUUUAGUAUGCGUGGUGGUAG